AUGAACUGGGCGUUUUUGCAGAACGUGCUGAGCGGGGUAAAUAAAUACUCCACAGCGAUCGGUCGAAUUUGGCUCUCUGUGGUCUUUAUCUUUCGCAUAUUGGUGUUUGUCGCUGCUGCUGAGAAUGUCUGGAAGGACGAGUCGAGGGAUUUUAUCUGCAACACUCAGCAGCCUGGCUGUGAAAACGUUUGCUAUGACCAGUUCUUCCCAGUGUCUCACGCCCGCCUAUGGGCCAUGCAGCUCAUCAUGGUGUCUACACCCUCACUGCUGGUGGCGCUACACGUAGCAUAUCGAGAACAUCGUGAGAAAAAACACGGCAGGAGACUGUACCAGGAUAAAGGCAGGAUCGACGGUGGCUUGCUGUGCACCUACCUGCUCAGUCUAAUCCUGAAGACGGCGUUCGAAGUGGGCACGCUUCUGAUCUUCUACUUCCUGUAUAGGGGGUUUUCGAUUCCCCGGAUGUACCAGUGUGAGGAGAGUCCCUGCCCCAAUAAGGUUGACUGCUACAUCUCUAAAGCCACAGAGAAAACCAUUUUCCUCUACAUCAUGGGGUGCACGUCGUUAGUGUGCAUGGUGCUCAAUGUAACUGAGAUGCUCUACAUCCUGUCCAAGCAGUGCUGGAAAUGCUUCAGUAAGAGAUACGUCCCUGUUAAGGAGAAAGGAGCAUGCCGAUGCCACAGUCCAUCCAGUACCGCACUCAUUUUUGAUCCAAAAUCUGCAAAAUGUUCUAGCAAGGAAGAUGGAAAGGAAUCUCAGGCACCACAAAUGGUAGUAAAGUAA